GUCAAAUAAUGUCUUUCUGAUAGACAAUUCACAAUAGAUCGAAGGUGCAGAGUAAUUACAGAGAACGUAUAUUAAUAUGCGUUCUUUGGUCAUGCAUACCCAGAAAUCUUAAGUUAAGCUAAAUUAACUCCAAUCGUAAUUCAGAAUAUAUUUUCUUCUUUGGUCUUAACACCUUUUUGGCAAAAGUCAAUGAGAAUAUUUUAGAAAUUGCAAUUAGGUUAUGUAUAUAUGUCGAUCCUAGGCUUGUGUAAUCAUUAGAUCAGUUGUGUCGUAGAUCGUAGCAUGAGGUCGUUGCGAAAUCGAUCUAAUCAGAAAUAGCGGAUGUUUCGAAUUGGCGGGAAACUGCAAUAACACAACUAUUAAAUUAUAAACAAACAAUUCUGAAAUUGAAUAAUUAAAAUUUGACAUGAGUAGAUUAAAAAGAAUAACAUCACCAAUGAAACAGCAAAAUGAGACUCCAACGAAAAAGUUAAAGUGUGGUAAAAGUGAUAUAAAUGAAAAAGAUCUCCAUGGUUUUUCUUGCUCAAGCCUGGAACAUCUCUUUGAUGGCGAUGAUGAUUUUGAGGCUAUUAUAAAUGGUGAAAAAAUGCAACCAGUUCAUAUCGAGCGUUUAGACCUCAGUGUAUGGCAGCGUUGUAUUGUGGUGACCGCAGAGCGUGAAAGGCCUUCAUUUGAUUUGGUGUUAGAAGUGUGUUUAGCUACGAAUGAACCAGUGGAGGAGCUUGACAAGGAGAACAAUGUCAAACUAACACAAUGUCGCUUACAACAGCAAUGGAGUCAAACCGACAUAAAGGUAGAUGACAUCGUUUCACUGCUGGCAGUUUGGGACGAAAAACUGUGUUGUUACACAGUGAAUAACGACCAAGGAUUCUGUGUUACUAAUCCGGAUACGUUGAUUUCUAGUACUAGCGUUGUCGGCUCGCUCUUCUGUAGACGAAAGGCAGUGCUGCAAGAGCGCUUCAAAGGCAUUGAUGCCAACAGCAAAGUGAUGGUGGUUGGUUCGAUGGUGCAUGAAAUGUUGCAAUUAGUAUUACGGAAGGGGCUCGAAAGUUCACAUGAUAUUGAAACUGCUGUGCAGAAGUUAUUAGACGCUAAGGACACAGCUUAUGAAUUGUAUGCGAAUUUAAUGACAAGAGACGAGAUGAGCUUGGAACUCGGAAAAUUCGUAUCAAAUGUAAUAAAUUUUGUUGAUCAAUAUAUAAAAGGAAAACCAGCAGCGGAGCAACAAAAGGACAACUUUCAAGGUACUAUCGUAGAUGUACAAGAUAUUGAAGAAAACGUUUGGGUGCCACAACUCGGUAUUAAAGGUAAAAUCGACGUGUCGGUGCGCAUCAGGCAACGAAAACAUGAGAAAGUAUCAAAUGCCAUACCGCUGGAAUUAAAAACGGGACGUGCGACUUUUUCUAUGGAACAUAAAGGUCAAGUUAUUCUCUAUCAAAUGAUGCUCUCAGCUAUUGGUCGCGAAACGAAUUCAAGUUUAUUGCUUUACCUACGUGAAGGCAUAAUGCGAGAAUUGCGCGGCAAACGUAAUGAGCAGCGGGAUCUUAUAAUGUUGCGUAACGAUUUGGCUAAUUAUAUUUCACAACGAUUUAGCCAAAUACUAACCGAUAUCACAGACGCUGUCUUUGAGGAAGGAAAAUUCGCACAACCCUUUAAACUACCUGAUCCUAUUUCGCAUCACAGCGCUUGUGGUAAUUGUGAAUAUGCAACAAUUUGUUGCACUUUUGCAAAAACCGAUCCGAUGCUACAAUUACGAAAGGGUCAUCCUUUAUUGACUGUUAUGCAAAACGUAACCGAACAUUUAAAGGAAGAAGAUUACAAAUACUUUAUGCACUGGUGCCGUUUGCUAUCAUUUGAAGAGCAGGAAAUGAGAAAAUCCAACAAUUUGCGUGCUUUAUGGACAAAUACGCCUGAGCAUCGUAAGAAAAACGGUUUAGCAAUUAUAGAUUUACAGCUGAAAGAUGCUACAUGUGAGGGUGUGCAUUAUCUAAAUACAUUUGUGCUUCAAUACACUGACGAUAAUAAGGAUCUGGAUCUACUACUAAGUGGCUUUGCCGUAGGAGAAUAUGUGGUUGUAAGCACACGCAAGCGUUUGGCGGUUGCUGCUGGCAAUAUAGUAAGCAUAGCUGCUAACGAAGUAACCGUUAGUCUUGAACGCGAUUUAAAUAAAAAUUAUGCAAAGGAUUUAUUCAUAAUUGACAAGCAUGAAUCGCAAUCGGGCAAUUCGUUCAAUUACACGAAUGUCAGCUUACUUUUAGAUAAUAAUGAACGUGCGAAGGUGUUGCGCGAUAUUGUAGUGCAGUGCGUGCCACCAACUUUUCGCAAAGUGCUGCCGAAGAUCGUUGCAACUGAGGGUGCCAGCAUACUUAAGGAACUGAAUUCGGUGCAACGGUCAGCUGUGUUGAAAGCUUUAACCGUGGAAAGUUAUAUGUUAAUCAAAGGUUUGCCAGGCACGGGUAAGACACAAACACUAGUCGCCAUUGUGCGCUUACUACAACUCAUGGGCAAGUCAGUGCUUAUUACCAGUCAUACACAUUCCGCUGUUGAUAAUUUGUUGGUGCGUUUGAAAUCGUACAAGUUGCCCAUGUUGCGUUUAGGUGCAGGCGCACGCAUUAACGCUGAACUGCAGGAGUUUGGCGAAAGUACACUACUAGAGGACUCCCACACCGUAGAGGCCAUAACAGAUUGUUACAAUUCAUACAACAUUGUCGGUGUUACUUGUCUGGGCUCAGCGCAUCCGUUAUUUCUGCACCGUAAAUUCGAUUAUUGCAUAGUUGACGAAGCGACGCAGGUAAUGCAGCCGACAACAUUGCGUCCACUGUUCUUUUGUGAUAAAUUCAUACUGGUUGGUGAUCCCGAGCAACUGCCGCCUUUAAUACGUUCUAAAGAAGCGCGUCAACUAGGCGCUGAUGAGUCAUUAUUUGCGCGUCUUGACACGACAGCAGCGACAGCGGUGUUGACACUACAGUAUCGUAUGAAUAAAGCCAUCACACGGCUGGCGAAUGAGCUCACCUACAAAGGCGCGCUACAAUGCGCUACCAAAGAGAUAGAACUUGACGCAUUUCAAUUGCGUUUUCCAAGUGAUAGAAAGCCAGAGAAGUGGCUGCAGCGUGCCUUGCAAACGCACAUCGAUCAAGCCGUGUUUCUACUAGACACUAAAGAUUGCAGUAAACGUUUGGCUGAAUUCACCAAAGAUGGCUUGCGAAAUGCACCCCUCAAUGUUGCUGAGCACUUGAUCACAAGUGAGGCCAAACAGCAGUGUGCGCAAUCAUCACCUACUCUGCAGAAAACAGGAAAUGGCAAACGCAUUUCUAAAUAUACAAAUUACUGUGAAGCUGCCGUUAUUUUGCAUGUCGUCGAGCAAUUACUCAGAGCUGGCUAUGCGCCUGACCGUAUUGGUGUGAUUGCGCCCUAUCGUGCGCAAGUCGAGCUAUUACGUAGUUUAAUGACACAAUUUGCAUCGCAUCACCAAAACGGCACGGUGAAUAUGAAUUUUGCUGCUAUUGAGGUUAACACAGUGGAUCAAUAUCAAGGCCGUGACAAAGAUAUAAUACUCUUUUCGGGCACUAAAACCGGCGGUGUGGAAACUAAUGAACAAUCGCGUGAUGCCGAGAUUCUGGCAGAUAAAAGACGCCUCACUGUCGCUAUAACUCGUGCCAAGCGCAAGUUGUUGUUAAUCGGCGAUGCCGAGUGUUUGGCUAAAUAUACGCCCUUUCAUCUACUUCUGGCACACAUACCGAGUUACUGCAAACUGCAAUUGGACGAUGGUAAGCUUGGCUUCGAUUGGCACGAGUUAUUUCAGAAUUUAAACAACAUUAUUAAGAGUUAGUGCAUUUCACUUAAUUUA